AUGUCGAUGAUGCCGAGGCGAAGGUAGACGAACGAACGAAGAAAAGCAACAGCAGGAAGAAAAAGCGGAGCGAGCGUGCAACGGUCGAUCCAUACGUAGACCGAGGAGAAAAAGCCAGAACAGAGCCGACGCCCCCAACCCACUAAAUCAAUCAUCAUUCAUCAUCAAUCAUACACCUCCCCACUCACGAGAAAAGCAGCUCUCUCCCCCUCCGACACUCUCUCUCUCCCUCUGAUUUCAUCAAUGGCGAGAGAAAGUUCCUCCUGAGCUGCCAAAUGCUCUUCCCGAUCUCCUCCCCUCCGCCUCCCUCCUCCGCCCCGACAUGGCCGACGAUCUCUGCUCCUCCUUCACCAAGGACUGUUUUAACCUAAAGUCUGUCAAGAAGUCGCCCUUGGUGCUUCGUAUGAUCGUUUUGGUGUUUGCCAUGGUAUGUGGCGUUUAUAUUUGCUCCAUUUGUCUAAAGCAAAUCGGCACCCAAACCACGGCUGGGUUUUUGAAUGUGCAAGUGGUUAAUAGGCCGUGCGCUGAACCUGCCGUUGAGCCAUGGGAAAUUCCCUAUCUGCACUACCCAAAACCGAAAACUUUUAGCAGGACGGAAUGUGCAUGCAAUCCUGUCCGGAACUUCGCCAUUCUGUCGAUGCAGAGGUCUGGAAGUGGAUGGUUCGAAACCUUGCUCAAUAAUCAUACCAAUAUUAGCUCAAAUGGGGAAAUUUUCUCCGUUAAAAUUAGGAGGAGAAAUGUCUCUACAAUUUUCGAGACUUUGGAUAAAAUCUAUAACCUCGACUGGCUCAGUAGUGCCUCAAAGAAUGAGUGCACAGCUGCUGUUGGCCUGAAGUGGAUGCUCAAUCAGGGGCUCAUGCAGCACCACAAAGAGAUAGUAGACUACUUUAAGACCAAUGGUGUCUCAGCAAUAUUUCUCUUCAGAAGAAAUCUGUUGCGGAGGAUGAUAUCAGUUCUUGCAAAUUCUUAUGAUCGUGAUAACAAAUUACUGAACGGCACUCACAAGUCUCACGUGCAUUCACCCCAUGAGGCAGAGAUCCUUGCAAGCUACAAACCUACAUUGAAUGCUACAUUACUGAUAAAAGACUUGAAGCAAGUACAAGAUACAACUGCUAAAGCUCUGGAGUACUUCAAGAGCACUCGGCAUAUUGUGCUGUACUAUGAGGACAUAGUGAAAAACCGCACAAAAUUGGUAGAUGUGCUAGAGUUCCUCAAGGUUCCCUAUCGGGAGCUAAAGAGCCGGCAGGUGAAGAUACAUAAAGGUUCCUUGUCCAGUCAGGUCCAGAACUGGGAUGAUGUCCAGAAGACCCUUAAAGGAACGGAGUAUGAGAGCUUUCUCCACGCAGAUUAUCGGAAGUGAAGCUUCAAGAUUUUUUGUAUAUCCUCUGCUCUUAAAUUAACUUUUCCAAAAUUUUCCCGACGAUUAUUUCGACCUGUUAGUUCCCCAAGCAGGUGCCAGCUGAGGUUGUCAACCCUCGAAAAGUUUUGGCCGUUGCAGCUGCUGCAGUUUUGCUACGCAUUUAGACUCUUCUCUGAAAAUGACUUCUUCCACCAUUCAAUUGAUUCUUUCGUCCUAUGAUUGUACUGACAACAGAUGUGCAAAGAAAAGGAAUUUGUGAGUUAUUAGAACUGUUGAAGUAGCGCUAAGGUUUGACAUUGCAAUGUAUUUCCUCAGACGUUUUGACUUUC